AUGUGUCCUACGCCUCUACCAGCCACCAACGGCACCAACGGCCACACUAAUGGCACGAAUGGCAACUCUAGCUACGUUGGCAUCGACAUUACAGAGGGACCACCUGUUCAGAAUGGCCGAGAACGCAAUCCCUACGCGCCGGUGCAGGACUUCUUAAGCAACAUCUCCAAGUUCAAGGUCAUCGAAAGCACUCUACGAGAAGGAGAGCAAUUCGCCAAUGCCUACUUCACACGCGAGAAGAAGAUCGAGAUCGCUAAGGCGCUCGACGAUUUUGGCGCAGAUUACAUCGAGCUCACCUCGCCUGCCGCUUCCGAGGAGUCACGCCGCGACUGUGAAGCCAUCUGCAAGCUCGGUCUCAAGUCCAAGAUCCUGACACAUAUUCGGUGCAACAUGUCAGAUGCGAAGCUUGCGGUCGAGACUGGCGUUGACGGUGUUGACGUUGUGAUCGGAACCUCUAGUUUCCUCAUGAAGGACUCGCACGGCAAGGAUAUGGCAUACAUCGAGAAGACUGCUAUCGAAGUCAUUGAGUUUGUUAAGAGUAAGGGCAUUGAGGUUCGCUUCAGUUCAGAGGAUUCGUUCCGCUCUGAUCUCGUCGAUCUGCUACGGCUAUACAAGGCAGUCGAUAAGGUCGGUGUCCACAGAGUCGGUGUCGCAGACACAGUCGGCUGCGCAACUCCUAGACAAGUUUUCGACCUGGUCAGAACACUUCGUGGCGUCGUAAGCUGCGACAUCGAGACCCAUUUCCAUAACGACACCGGCUGUGCUAUUGCCAAUGCCUACUGUGCUCUCGAGGCUGGUGCAACUCACAUCGAUACCUCGGUCCUAGGUAUCGGCGAACGGAAUGGCAUCACAACUCUUGGUGGGCUGAUGGCUCGAAUGAUUGUCGCAGAUCGCGAUUACGUUGUGGGCAAGUACAAGCUGGAGAAGAUCAAGGAGAUCGAAGAGCUCGUGGCCGAAGCUGUGGCCGUCAACAUUCCCUUCAACAACCCCAUCACUGGCUUCUGUGCUUUCACUCACAAAGCCGGCAUCCACGCCAAGGCCAUUCUUGCGAAUCCCAGCACAUACGAGAUCAUCAAUCCAGCAGACUUCGGCAUCAACCGAUACAUCCACUUCGCGUCACGUUUGACAGGCUGGAACGCCAUCAAGUCACGCGCCCAACAGCUCAACAUCGCAAUGACCGACGCGCAAUACAAGGAAUGCACUGCGCAGAUCAAGCUUCUGGCAGACAUUCGGCCUAUUGCCAUUGAUGAUGCUGACUCGAUCAUUCACGCUUUCCACCGCAACGUGAUUGCGGGCAAGGCCAACCCUGGUAGCUCAGUCUACCUCCCCAACAUGACGGAACAGGAGAAGAAGAAGCUAGCAGGCAUUACCGCCGAAGAGAAGAAUCUGCCGGAAAAGAGGCAGCUGGAAGAAACGGUGGCGCAGGAGACCGCUACAGAACAAGUCCUUAAGAAGGCUAAGACAAACGGCGUGACAGCAUAG